ACAGAGCUGCGACCAUGACAGGUAAUAACGCUCUGGGCUUUCUGCCGCCCUUCAAGCACUUCGCCACCCAUGCCAUCCACUACGGGCAGGAGCCCGAGCAGUGGAGCUCUUGGGCCGUCGUGCCGCCCAUCACGCUCUCCACCAUAUUCAAGCAGCGAGUGCCCGGGAAGGACGAGGAGUAUGAAUACACCCGGUUCGGGAAUCCGAACAGGCAUGUCCUAGAGAAAGUUGUGUCCGCCCUUGAUGGAGCCGAAUACAGCUUGGCUUAUUCCUCUGGCAUGGCAGCAAUUCUGAACAUCUGUCACCUGCUGAAGACAGGGGACACAAUUAUCUCCAUGGAUGAGGUGUAUGAAGGAACGAGAGAAUUAUUCGACAAAAUAAAAGAGGAGUUCAAUUUAGAAGUGGUUUAUGUUGACUGCAGAGACCUAAACCAGCUGGAAAAUGCAAUUGAAGAACAUCCCAAGACCAAGCUGGUUUGGCUCGAGAGCCCCACGAACCCCGUGCUGACAGUGAUUGACAUCAAAGCCUGUGCAGACGUGGCACACAACUGUGGUGUCAAGGAUGUGCUGGUGGCAGUGGACAACAGCUUCAUGUCUCCAUAUUUCCAGCGUCCCUUGUCCCUGGGAGCUGAUAUUUGUAUGUCUUCUGCAACCAAAUACAUGAAUGGGCACAGUGAUGUCCUCAUGGGCCUGGUCUCUGUAAACAGGGAUGAUCUCUAUAAGAAGCUGAAAGACCUGCAGUCCCCCCUGGGAGCUGUCCCCUCCCCCUUUGACUGCUUCCUCUGCAACCGGGGGCUCAAGACUCUGCACAUCCGGAUGAAGCUGCACUUCAAGAACGGCCUGGCUGUGGCCAAGUUCCUGGAAUCCCAUCCCCGGGUGGAGAAGGUCAUUUACCCAGGGUUGUCUUCCCACCCCCAGUAUGAGGUGAUGAAGAAGCAGUGCACAGGGGUUUCUGGGAUGGUCAGCUUCUAUAUCAAUGGGAAAAAAGGAAAUGCCAUUGCCUUUCUUGAGAACUUGAAGGUGUUCACCCUGGGCUUUAGUCUGGGUGGCUUCGAGAGCCUGGCAGAGCAUCCGUACACCAUGACCCAUGGAAAGAUGGAUCCUGAUAUCAAGAAACAUCUGGGAAUCACAGACACCUUGAUCCGCCUCUCGGUGGGGCUGGAGGAUGAGGAGGAUUUGCUGGCAGACCUGGACCAGGCCCUGGAGGCUGCGUUUGCAUAAACCUUGAGGGUCAAACAGGACCUUGGAACUGGACAUGGCUGUGGACGAGGACACGGAAAACCAAACCACUCUUGCUUUGCCUUUGGGAAUUCCAGCCUGGGUUCCUGGGACUCUCCCUGCUGCUGUUGGGCUGCUCUCCCUGCCUGUGCAGGGUGUGCUGGGCACAGCCUGGGCUCUCCCUGGAGCCAGGAGCUGUGGGAGCAGCCGUGGGCACCCCGGGAAUGUGAUCCCAGUUCUCCCAGCAGAGCUCAGGGCUCCUCCUGCUCCUGCAGGGUUUGGGGCUCAGGGGCUGCUUCCUCUUGCUGCUCUCAGGGCAUUCUCUUCUCACCCAUCAGCUCAGCUCAAAAACUUGAUUGACCUCAGAUUUAUUUUAAUUAAGUUAGAAAUUUGCCUAAGAGCUUUUUCUUCUCUUGAUGUUUUAUUGAAGAUGGAGUGAAAUCCAACACCUGGUAAAUAAUAACUUUCUAAAGUGGAGUCUUUGUCUCUUUUAAGAAAAAACCAUGUGCUGUGGGAAUGAUUGGAAUAAUUUUAAUUAAAACAGACUUUUCCUUUCCUUGCUUAUA